AGGAGGAGGAGGAGGAGGAGGCGGAGGAUGGGACACUGCUGAUGCUGAUGCGAGAGCUUUCGGUGUCUGUGAUCAACAUCGGUGGACUGAAUGUCAAUUGAUGAAGCUUUUCGGCCUCAUUUUUUGCCCCUUUUCGUUUCUUUAUGGGUGCCGACGAGGGACGCUGUCACAGAUGUGUGUUUUGAGAGGAGAAUAACAGAGGAGUUUGAAGAGGAAGGAACGGUUUCGUCUCGUCACUCGUCUGGCCUGUCUUGUUACUGACACUGACACAGGUGGAUUGCCGCUGGAAAACGACAUCGAAAUGAAUAUAUAAGCUUGGACUAUCACAGACGCGAAGAUUACUGUAGUUACCUCUUUAGUCGUGGAAUACUGAAACUACGAUUUGAUUACAUUUAUUUGAGAGAAGUAGAAGUUAGGGUGUUUGGCGUGUCAGCUAGCUAAUAGGCUAAUUUCGCUAGCUCGUCAGUUAGCAGCUUUCCUUGGCCAAUGGCACGAAAGAAGUGGGAUGCUCGAAGGAGGAGUUUAGGUUAGUUGCUAGCAUACAUUGGGGGCUUUGAAUAACCGUGUUAUAUUUAGCGAACCGCAUUGUAAUGAGAGAUUUAACAUUAUAGCUCUGUGUUAAUUUAGGUUUGACUAACGCUGGUAAUAUCGUUUUUUUUGCGGCAUUGUCGGCUUCCCAAGCAAAUUAGCUUGCCAUGGAUAAGGUGAGAUAAUCGGCUAAGAAAGCCAAUGUUGACAAAUACCGGGGACUUAACGCGCUCGUUUCAGUUGUUUCAAAUUGGCUGUGGGAUGUUGUUGUCAGUUCAGUUCAGAGGCUUUGUGUCGGUGAUUUGCCAGCUUUCAAACCGAAGCGAAGCAUGUUGACGUUGGAUUUACUGAAGCUGAAACAUUCGGCAACAACCUGGAGUGGACCUGCCAGGACGGAGGGACAUAGUGAGUCAAAACACAGCACUACGAUAUUUAGCAAGGCAAAGAAAUUAAUAUGAAUUUUGGUUUAAGGUAAUAUCGUCAUCGAGAUGGAAACCACUGAAGUUAAAACAGCAAAUACAGUUUGUUAAUCCAGUGCCUGACUGACGUUGUUUCUAAACUGACCUGUCUACUUAAAACUACCCGACUAGCAGACAAUGCUUGCAGGAAUUUCACACAUACAUAUCAAGACUUCAUUGAAGAUGUUUAGUGCCGUUUAAAACAUGGCAUUAAAACUGAAGAACUGGAUCUUUACGACAGCAGUGAGAUAAGACGUUAUCACCAGCUUUCUCAAGUUUGCAGAGUGGAACAACCGGUGUAAAUGGAACCGACAGUCCUGUCUGGCCCUCUGGGGCACACACAGUGGGAGUCAGAGCAGCCAUUUCCUCUGGGAUUUCACACACUGGGUUCAGACAAUGGAGGUGUGCUCUCUCCAAAUGAAAGUGGCCAGACAGGUUUGGAUUUCAGAAACAGUGACCGGGAUCAAACAUCCCAACAAAAUGAAGAAGAAAAUAUUUUCCAGGACAAGCCAAUAGAGCUGGGCGACCUCAUUAAUAUCUCUGAUUUUUCUUGUGGAGAUUUGCAGUUUGAGGCAGAUCAGUCCACUAUUUCUCAAGCUUCUCUACGUGGUACUCAUAUAGAGGAAUCGUCCCUCACUGAAACAACUGAAAGACCUGAUGAAAUAAGUGACUGCACAUUGUCAUGGUUAUUUACUCCCAAACUCAUAGAUGUGGUUGGGAAAAACUCUGCCUCUGACGAACUGAGUUUGACACAGGAGGACCCUCUUGAGAGCUCGGAUGCCGUCAGUUGUCGGGGUGAGCUCAUAAGCAUCAGUGUACCCGUUUCUCCUUCAAAGACUUCUGAGACCAACACGGAGGAUCCAUUUUUGUUGGUAGACCUCUCAAAUGAAAACUCUUGUCUCCCCACAAAGUCUGCAGGUGAGUUGAACCCACAGGGUGUCAGUGAGGAGCUGAUAGACCUAUCACAAGAGGGGCAGGCAGGCCUCCCUCCCUCGCUGAACAGGGAGACUUUGUCACCUGAAACUGGAGACAAAGGUUUAUUCCCCGAUCAAGUGACUGAUCUGGCUGUAACCUGUAGCACUACCCUGGAAGGUGUAUCAGAGAGCAGCCUCCCUCAUAACCACGUCAGCCUGCCACUGGAGUGUUUCGAAGGAUCUGUGCCUUUGUUGGAUUUAGAUGUCCCAGAUUGUGACAGCAGUCUGAGCCUGUGUCCUACCAGUCCCCCUUCUGUUAUCUGCACAGGUGUGCCAUUAGAUUUAUCAACAGAGGAGUUGGAAGUGGAACACGCAGGAGGUACUAUAAUUACAAAUCUGACUCCAGAGCAACAAAGUGAAAAUGACUCAUUUCCUGUGGGUUUGUCAGUGGAACCUUCCUCACUGACGGUACCUUUGACUGAAGAUGUUUUCACCCAGGGUGAUUUCACCAGUGAGAGAUGCUCUGUGGAAAAUGAGUCUAAGGAUGUGAUGGAAGACAAGAUUUGUUCUGAAGCCAAACCUCAGGCGAGUGAGGCAAUGGCUUUGGACCUGCGUUUGACUGCUGAUGAGGUCCACGACGAAGAAACUUUGGACUUGACACCAAAGCAGGGGGUACAGAAUGGAAGCGUUCCCAAUCUGCCAGCCGAGAGAGAGGAAAGGUCGACAGAUACUGACCAGCUUGAAGGAUCAGAUUGUCAUGAGGUGGCUUCUUUUGAUUUUUCAGUUCAGGACCUACACACUUCUGCCCCCGAGGCUGAGUGGACUAGUGAGCAAACUGUGGAGACAAUUUCCCUCUCUAAGAUGGUGGUAGAUGACUCAUUGCCAAUGGUCUCAGCUGUGAAUACUAGGGAGGAAGAUGUCUCCUCGCUAAAAGCUGUGUUCGACGCUUUAGACCAAGAUGGAGAUGGCUUUGUUCGUGUUGAGGAGUUUAUGGAGUUUGCUGCUGCCUACGGGGCUGAUCAGGUGAAGGAUUUGACCAAAUUUUUGGAUCCCAGUGGCCUGGGAGUGAUCAGCUUUGAAGACUUCCACCGUGGAAUCUCUGCAAUUAGCAGUGGAGGUCCAGAGCCUCAGCUCUAUAGUGUAAACUACAGUCCAGGGGAUGGAGCUGUGGGCUGCCCAGAGGAGUAUGAUGAGCAAAAUGAGGUGACAGACAGUGCAUACUUAGGUUCUGAGAGCACGUACAGUGAGUGUGAGACCUUCACCGAUGAGGACACCGGUGCCCUUGUACCGCCCGAAAUGCAUGAGGAUGUGGAGACGGACAGCGGCAUCGAGGCCACGCUACACGACCCUGAAGAUGGUGGAAAUAGGUUUUCCCUAAACUCUGAGCUCCACAACCACCAACCAACCUUGGUGACGGUCAUCGGUGGAGAGGAGGAGCACUUUGAGGACUUUGGAGAAAGUAAUACCUCAGAGUUGCUACUGGAGAGCAGCGUGGAGGAGACCGAGGGGCAGGGCAACUCCCCUCUCCUGCAGCCCCCUGAGCAGAUCAAUGGCUCCUCACUGCUUUCUCCCAGCGCUGGAAAGAGGCUGUCCAGCAAGAAAGUAGCAAGGCAUCUCCUCCAGAACAGCUCCAUGACACUGGACACCAUGAGCGACUUAACACGGGACAUCCUGGAACUCGCCGACAACGACAUCACAGACAAGGUUCUCCUGCUCGAGCGUCGAGUAGCAGAGCUGGAAAAGGAGUCAGAGGCAUCAGGGGAGCAGCACGCUCGACUUCGACAGGACAACCUUCACCUGGUGCACCGGGCCAACGCCUUGGAGGAGCAACUGAAGGAGCAGGAGCUCCACGCUGACGAGCAACUACAACAAGAGAGCCGUCGUCAAAAGGAGGCCCUGAUCAAGCUGGAGAGGGAGAGGGGGCUGGAGCUGGAAAACCUGCAGGCCAGGCUGCAGCAGCUGGAUGAGGAGAACAGUGAGCUGAGGUCAUGUGUCCCUUGUCUUCGAGCAAACAUCGAGAGACUAGAGGAGGAAAAGAUGAAGCUGCAGGAUGAGACAGAAGCUAUGUCCGACAGGCUGCAGGAGGAGAUGGAGUCCCGCAGGAAGAUGGCUGACAAACUGAGCCAUGAGCGCCAUCUGAGCCAGAAGGAGAAGGAGUCCACUCAGGAGCUCAUUGAAGACUUGCGUAAACAACUCGAGCACCUACAGCUGUACAAGCUGGAGGCCGAAGCGAAGAGAGGACGCACACCUGGCGCAGGGCUGCAGGAAUAUCAGACCCGCACCCGCGAAGCUGAGCUGGAGCAGGAGAUCAAACGACUCAAACAGGACAACCGCAGCCUGAAGGAGCAGAACGACGAGUUAAACGGGCAGAUUAUCAACCUGAGCAUCCAGGGAGCAAAGAACUUGAUGUCGGCCUCCUUCUCCGACUCCCUGGCAGCUGAGAUCAACUCCGUGUCUCGUGCAGAGUUGAUGGAGGCUAUCCACAAACAGGAGGAGAUCAACUACAGACUCCAGGAUUACAUUGACAAAAUCAUUGUGGCCAUCAUGGAGUCCAACCCCUCCAUCCUGGAAGUCAAAUAGACACCAUGCAGGCACACAGUGACUCCUCAGGCUGUUAAAAUACUGCAGACUUGGCAUAAAGAAAAGUACCAAGACAGGAUGUUAAAAAACAAAAUGUAAAAAAAAAUCUAACAUCUGUUUGGUGGGAAAACAAAAACAACGCACUCAACUCAUCCACACACCUCAAAAAAGAAAAAUUUAAGCUUUCUAAGAAGUCCGUGGCAAAGCGGUUUUCAGUUAUAUAUCCCUUGAGUCUGUGCUUUAUCUGUGAGUGUAUGUGUUAACCCUCCUGAGUACACUUGGGUUCUGGUGACAUCCAUGUUAUUUGGCCAGAGGGACCCGAGUCUCCCCCAUUGAACGAAUGAAUACUUGUAUCAUAUAGAUUAGAAAAAUCCCUCCUUCCCUUUCCAGAAUCAACACGUCAGUGUUUGAUUGAGCUAUAACAAAUCAGAUAAUUAUACAGUACCGAAAGGCCUUAAAUGAAAGGUGAUCAAAAGUAUUCAUUAAUUCUGCGUACCACACAUGCCUCAUUUCAGUCAGUUACUGUUAUGGGGAUAGUGGUGGUGGUGGCGGCAUGUGGGGAGGCUGUGAGCUCCUGAACCAGGCUGAAUCGUGCUUGAAUCACAAAUGAGAAAAAGUCAUAUGAAGCAUGGGCCAGGAGAUCGGAGCGGCGAUUUCUCUUUCGAAUUUGUCUUGUGGUUUGUUCAGAGCUUGCUGUGCUGCCUACCAGUUAAUAUAAGGGUGUGUCCUGUUCUUUAAGCAAGUUCAGCUGUCUUUUCAGUGAACCCAAGUGAGGGACAUUUCCAGGUGCGGAGGAGGUGAAAUGCCCGGAGGGUUUUUUUUUUUUGUGUGUGUGUGUGUGAUAAUUCCACUGAGACAAGGUCAGGAGGACUAAUGUCCCAAGUUCGAUGUCCCAAAUGAAGGAACUGGGUAGUAGUAUGAUUUGCCUCAUUUCUUUUUUUCUGUUUGUUUUGUUUUAUUUUUAAACAAUGAAACAGGGUCCUGGAGUUCAGGUGUGCUGGAAAGCUGGAAAAAAAAAGCUACUACAUUUCCCAUCACUCACUGACUCAAAUUGUGGAUAACUCCAAUGCACAGUAUGUCAUUUGUAGUGUAGACCAAGUACUGUAACUGACAAAAUCUAACCUGCUCAUACUCACAAGUUCACUUUGUAAGCGUUCUAAACACUUGAACUAAGCAUGAAGGGAAACUGAUGAGUGAUUAUGGAAAUUGUAGUAUAUUUUAUUGUUGUUGUUUUGUACAGUACAGCCCACCUGACUCCAGUGUUCUCUUGCUGAGUGAAAGUAAUGGGGAGCAAGUUUAUCCAGGUAACAAACCUCUGUUUUUCCGCACAUGUGACUGAUUGUUGGAAAAAAUUCUGACCUUGUGAAUAAUUGAAUGGUUGUACUUUGCACUAAGUUUUGUUUUGAUUUCAUUAUUGUUUUGUUAAUAGAAAAAAAAUGUUUAUUUUGAAGGGAUCAAAUGAUAAAUGAAAAUAUUUGUUGAAGCCCAUAUGAAGAUGAUAGUGUGGGGGAUUUGUUGAUUCUGACAUUCAGGCGAAGUUGAGGGCUGGUUUGAGUUGUAUCCCACGCAUGUUAUUAAUGAAAAACACAAAACACUAAUGUUUAUGCCAUAUUGAUUGGAAAUAUUCAAUAAUGCUGAAAAAAAGCAGCCAUGUCUUAAGAAAAGUUUAAUUCUCAUAUUCAUACUGUGUUUUUUCAGCCAUCAGUGGUUCCUGGGAGCCUUUUUGCUGGUUAUUGGCAAGUUUUAUCUUUUUUCCAGACCUGAUCAACAGAUAUAACACUGAGGAGACGUGGCGGACUUUGGUAGCAAUAAUGCUUGGCAAGAAAUUGGACAGUGGUGGAGGGCAGAUGAAACAAACCUGCUCUUUAUUUCCCCUGCUGGAGCAGCAUCUGCUUUUUCGAAGACGAAUGGACCGACGCAGUCCUCACUGGUGCUGAGCAGCCGUCUCGCAGCGCUUUCUGACUCAGUAGCUGGACGCAAGCGUCGGGUUCACCAGCCAGACAUCUUGAUGGAUUGAAAGUUGAGAGGGUAGUCGGCGGCGGUUGUUUUUAUCCAAACAGCAUGACAUUCUGCACCAGAAGAAUUCCUAUUUCUCACCCUGUUCACCUCCGUCUCACUGCUCUGCUUCACCUGCCACUCCAUGGAAAAAAAUGGCCUUGGAUGUAAAUGACUUGUACAUGUAUAGUUUUUUCUACACUCAUUCUAGAUUCUAGGUAUUUUUAUAGUCAGAAGAAAAGAACAUUUCUUCUUCUCGUCUUAUGCUGAGAGACAGCUGCCUGUAUUCUUCUCUAGCAUGUAGCGUGUACAGUAUCAGUUGUUGGUUUUUUUUUGGUUUGUUUAUAUCAACAUACAGAUAUUUAUUCAUCAUUUGACACAAAUGACAACGCACAGUCUGUGAUGUGUUCUGCUGAACAUAUGUUUGUACAUUUUUGAAUUCGUGAGGGAGAGAUUGAUUUGCGGCGAAUGAAUUUGUGGGAGAAUUUAUCAAAUCAAGGGAAAUGUUCAAAGCAAAGUUGGGUUGUCUUUGGGUGACUCGCCACCGCGUGCAAAAGCUUGAAUGCAACCUGCUCAGAAUGGUCGUUUGUUGAGGUCAUUGCACUCUCCCGUAACGUUGAUGUUGCUGUGACCUCUUCAGGCUUCCGAUAUAUGGCAGAGUCUGCAGUUUCUACUGUUGUCUUCCCAGAUGGAGUCGGGUCCUGCAUGGAAACACCUAUUUUGUAUUUAUAUCUCUGAUUCACACCUGUGUUUUGACUGAUAAAUCAUAUGCUAUAAUUUGUAUCAGUGGAGCUGUAGGUUGUGAGACCUCAUAAUGUCAACAACACUUAAAACCUCAUACCCAGGCUUGCUGAGUUCAGCUUCUAGCCUUUUAUUGUGUCUGGAGGUUUGGUCCAACAGAUUUAAAAUUUCAUUGUUUAUGGUAUUGAGCCCUUUUUUUUUCCUUUACAAAGAGGAAAUGGGAUGACACUCGAACACAGCAGGCUAUAACAGACUUUAUUCUCUCCCUGCUUCAUAUCUUCACGUCUGGAUUUGACAGUUACAGAGAUUGGAGACUAAAAUGACUGGCAACAGAAUAACUAGCAGUGAGAUCACAGAGCUGAUAAAACAUUCCCUUUUAGCAGAGCUGAAGGUGAUUGCACUUUAACAACAUCCAAAUUUCUGCUCUAAAAAUGACCAAAGACAGAUGUUUCAACUUAAACUGAUCUUUUAAUCUAUCAGGGUCAGCCACUAUACUUUACAAACAUAAAUCAACAGACUCUGAGCUUACCCUUAAAAGAAUAAAAACUGGCCUGCUAGUUUAAACACUGUGCCUCUGUGUCUCAGACUUUGCUUCUGAACUAACCUGAUGAUGAGCCCUGGGGAAAGCACUGACCACAUGACUGUCAGUUUGUUAAAUUAUAAAUGAUGAAACCUAAUCUUGUAGAUAUGAAUUGUCAUUUUUGUGAACUACUUUUUUCUUUCUCUCUCUCUCACUCACGCUCACUUCCUUUGUCCAAAGAACGUUUGCUGAAGGCACAAACAUCACUACUGUAGUAGUGCAUGGCUUGCCAUUGUGUGACAUGGGAAGAUAAAAAGAGAAUAUUGUAGAAAAGAGAAAGUUUAAAUUUAUUCCUAUUUUCAAAGAUAAAUGUAUAAAUUAUAACAGUAUUGGUUACAGCUGUAUAUUAUUUUUGAAGUUCCCCAAAUGAUCUAAUCCUGUUAGUGGGGAUAUGUAAUUUCAGUCAUUGUAAAAAGAGAAAAAUUUAAAGGUAAACAGUGAAAAUAAGAUUAGAAAAAUAAAUGGAAUAAAAUAACCCUG